UUGCACAGAUAUAUGUAUAGAGAGAGGGUUUCUUUGUGUUAAAGACCGGACGGAUUUGUUUUAAGGUUCCCAUUUUCGAAUUAAAAAAGAUGGUGUACAAUAAGUCAGAAAGCCAAGCAAGAGACAAUGAUAAGGCCAUCAAUGAUUGGCUUCCCAUUACUUCCUCCAGGAAUGCAAAGUGGUGGUACUCAGCUUUCCACAAUGUCACUGCUAUGGUCGGCGCUGGUGUUCUCAGCCUUCCGUAUGCCAUGGCAGAGCUUGGAUGGGGUCCUGGGGUUACUAUAAUGGUUUUAUCAUGGGUCAUCACAUUGUACACCCUUUGGCAAAUGGUUCAAAUGCACGAGAUGAUCCCUGGUAAGCGUUUCGACAGGUACCAUGAGCUUGGUCAGUAUGCAUUUGGUGAAAAGCUUGGACUCUGGCUCAUCGUACCCCAACAAUUAACUGUAGAAGUUGGAACUGACAUUGUCUACAUGGUCACUGGAGGGCAAUCAUUGAAGAAGUUUCAUGAUAUGGUUUGCCCCAACUGCAAAGAUAUCAAGCUCACUUAUUUCAUUAUGAUUUUCGCUUCUGUCCACUUUGUUCUCUCCCAUCUCCCCAACUUUAACUCUAUAUCUGGUGUCUCACUGGCUGCGGCAGUCAUGUCAUUGUGUUACUCAACCAUUGCUUGGGCGGCAUCUGUUAAAAAGGGUGUUCAACCAAAGGUGGACUAUUCAUACAAGGCUUCAACCACCCCCGGAAAAGUCUUUGACUUCCUUGCCGGAUUGGGUGAAGUAGCUUUUGCCUAUGCUGGUCAUAAUGUGGUUUUGGAGAUCCAAGCAACAAUCGCUUCCACUCCUGAAAAACCUUCCAAGGGCCCAAUGUGGAAGGGUGUCGUUGUUGCAUAUCUCAUUGUGGCAAUCUGCUACUUACCUGUCGCUUUUGUUGGUUACUGGGCUUUCGGAAACGCCAUUGAUGACAACAUCCUCUUGUCAUUGGAGAAGCCCAUCUGGCUUAUUGCUACAGCUAACAUGUUUGUCAUCAUCCAUAUCAUUGGUAGCUAUCAGCUAUAUGCAAUGCCAGUGUUUGACAUGAUGGAGAGUUUUUUGGUAAAGAAAAUGCGUUUCACACCUUGUUUGAGGCUUCGCAUAAUUAGUCGCAGUCUAUAUGUUGUUUUACCAUAUCUUAUGGUCAUUAUUAAUCUUCCUAUGUUGCAAGCAUUCACAAUGUUAGUUGGGAUAUGCUUCCCAUUCUUUGGAGGUCUUCUCAGCUUCUUUGGAGGAUUUGCAUUUGCACCAACAUCAUACUAUCUCCCCUGCAUCAUCUGGCUUAUCAUCUGCAAACCCAAAAGAUUCAGCAUAAGUUGGAUAAUAAACUGGAUAUGUAUUGUUCUUGGUGUUUUGCUGAUGGUUCUUUCACCCAUUGGAGGGCUGAGGAAAAUCAUCAUUUCAGCCAAGGACUACGAGUUCUUCUCGUAA